AUGGCUCAAGACAUCUCUUCCGACAGGAUGAAUGGUAGACGAAGCCGCACCAGAUUCGCAGAAGAUCAAGUGAAAAUCCUCAUCCAAGCAUUCAGCCAAAAGCCUUACCCAGGUUACACUACCAUACAGAAGCUUGCUUUGAAAAUAGAUGUUGACGAGUCUAGAAUCCAGACUUGGUUUCAGAAUCGAAGACGGAGGCACCUAGCCCAAAGGAGAUCAGAGGCAGAGGAGGACGUAGAUGCAAACCAAGACCAAGAUCGCAAGCAAGGGCGCCCUUUGGUGAGGAUGCAAAACAGACGUAGACAGUCUCGUAUCACCUACACUCCCUUCCAAGUACACACCCUCCGGAAGGCAUUUGAGAAAAACCCGUAUCCUGGGAUUGGUUCCAGAGAGCAACUUGCUAAGGAAAUUGGGGUUCCAGAGUCCAAAGUGUGCAUUUGGUUUCAUAAUCAAAGGAAUAAAGUCCGGGUCCACAGAAAAAAUGAACCCAAUGAGCCUUUAGAACGAAACAAGACCGGGAACAAGACCUCUGACACAAGAGCCUUCAAAACGCUGAGCCUUCUUUCUGGAGACCAUCAGGACUUCAGGAGGCUGACAGAGGAACAGAACCACACAGCCCUCCCUAGGAAGCCUGCACAGGCCAGCAGAUGUCAAGGACCAUGA